GCACCUUGCUUUCCACAUGGUCUGACAACACCACAAAACGGGGAUGUCUGCGAGGUGAUCCGAAUAAGCUCGAAUAAAGUAUGGAAGGUCAAGACCUACACCCGUCUGAGGCCCCUGACGAGGAUGAUGGCAUAAGUGGGGUGGUUCCUACAGCUAGCGUUGCCAACUCUGGCCCCGAAGUGGACAGCAACGAUAACGACUCCGCAAUUGACAUGUUCAGCCGCCCAAGCAGCACACAGUCCGUUCGUGCGAGUAUCUACGACUUCGUCGAGGAACAUGGGCGAACCUAUCAUAAUUUCCACUCUGGGAAGUAUUUGAUCCCAAAUGAUGCGCUGGAAAAAGACAGAUUAGAACUCCAAAACCACAUCUGGAAGUUGACUCUAGAUGGAAAACUCCACUUCACUCCUUUCUCGACCCCACCCCAGAGGGUUCUUGAUGUGGGUUGCGGUACUGGCACUUGGGCUAUUGAAUUUGCCCUCCAAUACCCUUCGGCACAUGUAACCGGCACGGAUCUCAGCCCCAUUCAACCAAAUUACGUCCCCGCAAAUUGCGUUUUCGAGAUCGACGAUGCAGAAGAAGAGUGGCUCUUCACGGAGCCAUUCGACUACAUCCACGGCCGCACCCUCAUGAACUGCUUCAAAGAUAUCUCCACCGUCUUCGCCAGUGUGUUCAAAGCACUUGCACCUGGUGGCCAUUUUGAAAUGCAAGACGGCUGCAUGCCAUUCCGCAGCGCAGACGGAACACUCGACAACACCACACUCCUUGACUGGUGUCACAAAACUCUCGAAGGCUCAGCAAGAGUGGGACGCAGAUGGGUUGAUCCCAGGAACUACAAGGUGAUCAUGGAGGCAGUCGGCUUUGUGGAUGUCGUUGAGACAAGAUUGAAAUGGCCACUCAAUACAUGGCCCAGAGAUAAGAAAUUGAAGGAGCUGGGGAUGUGGGUCAGGGAAGAUAUGAUGGAGAUCUUGUCAGCUGUGAAAAAGGUUUUCAUUGCGGGACUUGGGUGGAGUGUUGAUGAUGCUGAUGCAUUUGUUGAGAGGGCGAAAGCGGACCUCAUGAACAGGAAUAUUCAUGGCUGGAUAGAUAUUGUGGUCGUCUAUGGCCGGAAACCGGAGGCGCUGUGAGGAUUGAAAAAGGAAAAUGAGCUCACCCCGUAUAGUUGCGUAAAUGAACAUCGAGGUUUAAGCGUGAUUUGGGGAAAGUGUGGCUAGGAUAAAAAAGAAGGAUUGAAGCGGAUUUAAUGGCGAAUGUCCCAGAACGCUUAGAAUAAUGAAGCGAUAGGCUUGAAUGUUCCAACAAGUCACCGAAACAGUUCCCUCUCGAUUUCCCGAGCUGUCUGCUCUUCGACGGGGUUGGUGGUUGCGACUGGCUAUCUUAAAAUUCAUGACUUAUAGAAUGUAAAUGAUCACUGGGGCAAGGCAAAAACAUAUUUAAGGAGAAUAUGACUGUAAAUGAGAGGCAAUGAUUAAUUAUUUGUGUAAUGUAAAGAUGAGUAUUUAAGAUAUUUGAUGAGAG